CAAAUGCAUAAAAAUAUUCGACCUGAACUGGAAAGUGGAGUGGGAACCAGAUGUAAAUUAACGAAGAAAGCAGUGAUCACCCGAUCUCAAUGGCAGGUGGAAAUCAACAAAACAAUACAUUUCUUCGGUAUAAAUCUUACAGAACAAGUCUUUGGAAAAUAUGGUGUGUUCAAAAUCCAUCAACUGGGCUCAUCAAUCUACUGCUGAAAAGCCAUACAUGUGUGUAUCUACAAACUCCUGUGCAGCCACUGAAAAUCACAUAACACUGACAGUUCUGAUCCUUCCUUUUAGUGCAAAGCAUCAGAGUGGUUUAAAAGAUCAACUUGUGACAACAUGCAGAAAUGCUAAGGGUGGCCUUGCAGAAAAUAUUGUGUGGAUUCCAUCAAAAAUAAGUGGAAAGCAUAUGACUAAACAGCAAAAUGCAAGCAGGACUUUUGCUAGAAACUGCAAGUCAACACAGUGUAGCAAUAAUUUGGAGAAUGUAACCUGCCUAAUAAGUCAUCCAACAAUUUUUACACCUUUGGAACUGUUUGUAAGAUGUCCUUUCAGAAUCAGAAUUAAAAGCAACAGUCACAGUGUUAAGGGGAGGAAAAACAAAUUUACCUUCAACACCAAGGACAGUGAGGGAAUCAUUCAGGUUGAAAUAACAGGAUUUGUGAAGAAAGUUGACUUAAACUGUUCAAAACAAAAUGGAUCACUUCCUGAAGGCAUUGAACUGAUUAAAAAUAACCUCACAUUCAAAGGACCUAUGAAGGAAAGCUAUGCUGGCACGUAUGUGUGUGUGGCAUCCAAUCAACAAUGGAAGUUGUCGGCAGAGUGCGAGGUUGAGAUUACUUUGGAAGAAAAUCAUUGGUUUCCUACAAGAGCUGUAUUGAUAGCAUUAUGUAUGCUCUUCGCAGGAAGUGCCUGCUUUUGCUGUAUUUUGAGGUGGCAUAGAAGAAAGCAACUGGUAGUUAUUCCCCAGCAAUAUUCAGUUCAAAACUUUGGAUACCAAACCACCACAGAAGACUCUCACUGCAUUAAAAGCCAACAAGAUCCUGGAAUUGGUGCAGGCUCUGUUUGUACACCAGUGAAUUCCCAAAAGAACAUUGAAUCUACAGAUGGUGUUGAUCAUUCAGCUGCUUCUAAAGAAAAUGUCAAAAUGUCCAAAACUUCAAUGCGGAACGUUACAUGUUAAGUUUGUAAUGAUUAUGAGCUUGUAGUUUAUAGCAUGCAAUUAAUUCCAUUUAGUGGCUUCUGCAUUGUUAGAUGGGAGUAGUGGAUGGUGAGUGGUGCUUGGCUGGUGGGUGGCACCAUGAAUAUGUUUUCCCAUUUUCUAUCACCAUUAACAUUUUAAAGAUGCACAGGCAUGCAUUUAAUAUAUGCAUUUAAUUUACAAAUUAACUAUACCCCACCAAAGAUGGUCAAAAUGAAAUUCUUUUGUGCACGGCUAAUUCCAUUUCUUCAAACAUAAGAAAACAUUCACAGUUUGCUUGGGUUUAUGUCAGUCCCAAAUUAAGGGGAAUAAUGUACCCAAUAGAAGAUGAAGGAAAUUUGUAGCAGCCAGUUUCAAAUUUGUCUAUGAAGUUAUAUUAUCCUGUGACCCUUUUUGACCUGAUUCUUUUGUGGCUUGGAACAUCAACAAGGCCAGAAAAAUACUCAUCUUUGACUGUUUAAAUUAUUUAGAGCUUUUUAUUACUGGAGUAACCCAAGUCAGACAGGGAUAUUGUAUUAGUCUGUCAAUUACAAAUGCUGUUUUGUAAUUGUCCCAUGGAAACUCUGUAGCUUAACUAAGCAUGUAGUUUAGAUUAGUUUAACUUAAAAUGAAAAAUUAAA